UGUAGGGCCUGUGGAGACCGGAUAUCGUGAAUGCAGGGUCCUGGGAAACUGGAUAUAGUAAAUGCAGGGUCCGGGGAGACCGGAUAUAGUGAAUGCAGGGUCCGGGGAGACCGGAUAUAGUGAAUGCAGGGUCCGAGGAGACCAGAUAUAGUGAAUGCAGGGUCCGGGGAGACCGGAUAUAGUGAAUGCAGGGUCCGAGGAGACCAGAUAUAGUGAAUGCAGGGUCUGGAGACCAGAUAUAGGGAAUGCAGGGUCCGGGGAGACCGGAUAUAGUGAAUGCAGGGAUCUGGGGAGACCAGAUAUAGUGAAUGCAGGGUCCGGGGAGAGACCAGAUAUAGUGAAUGCAGGGUCUGGGGAG